AUGGACUUCACCGAUAUAGGGACGUGCAUUCCGCAGGUAGACCCCGCGCAUCGGGUCACGGCGGCUCGGCUGAUGGGAAAUACCUGCCCCACAUGCGACCGUCCCGUCGCCAUGUCGCAUCCAUGGCACCACCCGCCUCUCUUCGACCGCAAAAACCCCUCCGCGCUUCGGGACUUCGGUCGCUGCCGCUUCGUCUGCACCGCCGCCGCCGUCCCCAUCUUCGCGCCCUCCGCGCAACUUCCCGCGCGGAGCUCCUCCGCGGAAUCCGCCACUGCCUCGAUAUCUUCCAGCACCGCGUCCGCCAGUGAUCUCAUCGCGGAGCGGGAGCGGCGGACGCGGGUUCGACACCUCGUAGGCGCGGAACCGGCGCUGACGGCUCUGACGGAACCGCUCCCCGCGGGGUGUCCCGCGCGCGGGUUCCUUCCGCAAACGGCCGUUUUAGGUGGAAGCAGUCGGAGCGAGGAACUAAACAUGGACUUAUUAAGCAGCGCGCCGCUAGAGGCGCUAGAAAUCGGACCGCAGGCGUAUCGGCGGCGCGUGGGUGACGUGUACGACGUUAUUCCGGUGCUCGCGAUUCCGGUGAAGGCUCCUAGACAGCAAAGACAACCCCCUAUUCCCUCCCCUUAUUCCCCCUGCGCCGUCUCUCCCUGCGCCGUCUCUCCUCACCCCCGCACUUACCCAAACUCCUCACCCCCCUCCCCUUUUUCCCCUUCUUGA